CACCUCUCAGUCUCAACCAUCCGUCUAUGAUCCUAUGCACAAAAUACCUGACGCCCAUUUAGAUCGACUCAGAGCUUGGAUCACAAACAAGCGUACGAAAGAUGAGGUGCGUGAAACUUUUCACGGGAAAAAAUCGAAGGAAUUUUUCAGAGACUUUUUCAUGUGUCGUCGGUGGUUGGCGGAUGAGCAUUUGGAUGCACUCUUUCUUCUCAUUCGCUUCAACAUUAAGACAGCCAUGAUACCUUCUGCUCAAAACUUCACAACUGUAGACACACUCUUCAUGCGACUAUUAGUUGCGAAGUGGCCUGAAUACCAAGAAUGUAUUAAAGGGAAUCGACCAUUUCACUAGAAGGAGGAGUAUCGGUUGGUUGACUAUGUUGUCGGAUCAAAACAAGACUUUCAAGAUCCUUGGGUGAAUGAUGAUUACAUUUACUCUCCAUUCAAUAUCCAUGGCAAUCAUUGGAUUCUAUUAUGCUUGGACUUGGUACGUUGUCAAGUUAAGGUAUGGGAUUCGCUUCCGUCGCUUACGAGUGUCGAAGAUAUGAGAAGCAUAUUAGUGCCAAUUCAAGAGAUGAUGCCAAAUUUGCUCGAUACUACUGGAUUCUUUGUUAGGAGAGGCGGAUCAUCAACACACAAGGAACCUUGGCCACUUGUCAUUGUCGACUCCAUUCCACUUCAACGCAACAAUAGUGAUUGUGGUGUAUUUACAAUUAAGUAUUUCGAAUAUGAAGCUUUUGGUUUAGAUGUAGCUACAUUAUGUCAAGAAAACAUGUCAUAUUUUAGAAAACAAUUGGCAUUUCAAUUAUGGACCAA